AUGGAUAAAAUCUUGACUAAAUUUGAAAAGGAUGUGGCUGUGAUGAAGCGACUUAUGGCCCCGGGUGAUGAUGAUAUUGAUGAAAUGGUUGUCAAUGACACCUCACCAAACUUUCUAGUUGUUGUGCCCGUUGUUCUGCUGAAUGUUGUAUAUCCUGAUGCUUACUUUGAGGGGGAGGUUCCUCAAGGAACUAGUAGUGACAUUGAUUCUAACAACAAUCAGUUCAAUCCUCGAAUGAGGAAGGCUUCCUUCUCAGGGGGAGCUCAUGACGAAGUUGGAAGUUCUACUAUUGGUGAUCCUUCAACACCCCUCCUUCCAAGAGAAGAAAACUCAUUUUUUUAUUUGAAUGAGUUAGCUAAAAUAUGGAGAUUACCCAUUGAAGAAGUUAGAGAAAUCAUGUUAGAUUAUAAAUGUUGCUAUUCGACAAAAGAAAGAAGCUAG